AUGAAGAUUGAAAGCAUCCCGAUGUGGACUGGGUCCAGCGACAAUUACGCUUAUCUGGUGAUUGACGACAAAACCAAGGACGCCUUCGUCAUUGACCCGGCACAUCCAGCCGAGGUUCUUCCGGUGCUCGAACAGAGGACACAGGAUAAGAGCAUCAACUUCAAGGGGAUCAUCAAUACUCACCACCACUGGGACCACUCCGGCGGCAACGACCAGAUCCUCGAGAAAUACCCCGGCAUCAGAGUCAUCGGCGGCGAGAAAUGCCAGUCCAAAACCGAGACGCCCACUCACGGCGAAUCCUUCGGCAUCGGCGAAGCGAUCAAGGUCAAGGCUUUGCACACGCCGUGCCACACCCAGGACUCAAUCUGCUACUUCAUGCAGGAGGGGGACGAGAAGGUUGUGUUUACUGGUGACACGCUGUUCAUCGGGGGAUGUGGAAGGUUCUUUGAGGGCACAGCGGAGGAGAUGCACCACGCUCUGAACGGAGUUCUGGGCAAGCUUCCGGACGACACCAAGGUGUACCCAGGCCACGAGUACACCAAGAGCAAUGUCUCGUUCUGCAAGAGUGUGCUCGACACCCUGCACAUCCAACAGUUGCAGCAGUUCUGCGAGCACAACAAGGAGACCCAGGGGAAGUUCACAAUCGGAGACGAGAAGAACCACAAUGUUUUCAUGAUGGUCGACGACCCCCGCAUCCAGCAGGCGACAGGAAAGACGGAUCCUGUCGACGCCAUGGCAAAGCUCAGGGAAAUGAAGAAUAGCUUCAAGUAG